AUGGCCUCCGUAUCUGGCGAAAAUAUGAGGAAAUGGCUGUCCAACCAUCCGUCGUUCAUCGAGCGAUGGCUUGACGAUAACCCACAAGCAGUUGGAAAAUGGGUGUUGAAAAAUCCAGAAAAACUGGUGGGUGUUUUGGAAGCUAGUCCCGAUCGCUUGGAACAGCUUAUUGAAGCUAAUCCGCAAAUCAUGGAAAUUUAUUCCCAGCGGAGACGAAAUAGAGUCUCUAUACAACGAUCUGCCACUGUUUAUCCCAGAUCUGAUGAACGUACCAAAGAAAGGGCACAGAAAGACACUCAAAAUAAUGGCGAAACAAUUAACGAGGGAACUCCGAGAAAGAGAUCACAAUCUAAACAAUUUCUACGCCAGGAUUUUGCACGUUCCAAGGCAAAAAGCUAUUUACAUGCCAGUGAGCCUGCUUUGGAGUCAGAUGCCUCGUCGGAAUACCGUAGAUGUAAACGUUACCCUCUUCGUCGAUAUUCAUCUCUACCUCCUGGUCCCAUAAAUGCGUUAAGCAUCCUUUUAGAGUCUAAAGUCAGGUUACCGCACCACACUACGUUAGACAGGGAUCGAAAACUUGAACUCAAGUCUAAAAACGAGAAGGAGUUCUUCCUGGAACUUGUUAAGGAUAUAUCUCAUGAUCUGGAUUUAAGACGACUUAAUUCAAAAAUCAUCACGAAUGUAAGUCUUCUUCUUGAUGCUGAACACAGCACUUUAUUUUUACUAGAGGGACCAAAAGGCAAAGAAACAUUGGUGAUGCAUUCGCCAUGCUCUAAUUCAAGCUCUCCGAUUUUCUUUUCUAAACUACAAGACAAUGAACAGAAUAGCAAUCCUAUACACAUAACACUGGGUGAAGGCACUGUUGGAAAAGUUGCAGUCUCAGGGUAUCCUAUUAUUCUUACAAAUGUGGACAAGGAUCCUACAUACGAAGAAGCAUUUCAUCAAUGCGGAGUAUAUCAAGUGAAGUCGUUGAUGUGUAUGCCAAUCAAAAACAGCGAGGAUGGUAUAAUUGGUGUGGUUGAAGUAAUCAAUAAAAACCCGGAUGGAGGCAAAUUCAGUCGAGACGACAGUAAGUUAUUGGAAACCUAUUUGACUUUCUGUGGGAUCGGUAUCACUAACGCACAAGUAUUCAGGAAUUAUAUGAAAGAGUACGACAGAAAUAGAGCGUUGUUAGAAGUUGUACACGAUUUAUUCGAGGAGCAAACGUCAUUAGAAAACGUGGUUCAAAAAGUCAUGCAGCGGGCCCAGACGCUUCUCAAGUGUGAACGAUGCUCUGUAUUACUACUCAAAGAUCCAACUGAUGCGUUCAAUUGGCCACUGAGAUCUCGUUUAGGAAUGUUCGAAAUGACAACAGCAGUUAAUGGCCACUCUGAUACAAGUUACAGUACCGGGGAAGUCAAGCUAAUCAAUGGUGUUGUGAAACACGUGGCGGAAACUGGUGACACGUUGAAUAUCAACGACGCACAAAAUGAUCCAAGAUAUGAUUCAGAUCAAGACAAUGAUUCGGGAUUUCGUACGCGGUCCAUUCUUUGUAUGCCAAUCAGGGACAAUAAGUUCAGAAUAAUAGGCGUUGCUCAAAUCGUGAACAGAACAGAUGGAUGUGUGUUUGACGAUAACGAUGAACAAUUGUUUGAGGCUUUCACAAUAUUCUGUGGUUUGGGGAUCAAUAAUACCAUAAUGUACAAUGAAAUGUCUAAGGCGGUCGCUAAGCAGAAAGUUGCUCUUGAGGUAGUGUCAUACCACGCAUGCGCAACACAGUAUGAUGUUGAGAAGUUACAG